GUUAUUUCGUCACUGCUAAGAUCACUAUCACUCUCAGCAACUCUAUAUAAUGAUCACUCUAGAGCUUAUCCACUUACCAUCUCAUCGCUCUCCCAACACAAUAACCCUUUGCCAGUUCUCCACACAAGAACUCACACCAACCAAUGGCUGCUAUUGCUUUGGACAAGAGCGUGCCGGAGAAAUUACCUCCGGUGCUGGAUCCUACUGCAGAGCAACCUCCACUCUUCGAUGGAACCAUAAGGUUGUAUGUCGCCUACAUAUGUCCAUAUGCACAGCGAGUGUGGAUCAUCAGGAACUAUAAGGGAUUACAAGACAAGAUCAAGCUGAUUCCUCUCAAUCUUCAAAGUAGGCCUGCUUGGUAUGGAGAGAAAGUUUACCCUCCCAAUAAGGUGCCAUCUUUGGAACACAAUGGAAAAAUCAUUGGGGAGAGUCUUGAUUUGAUUAAAUACCUUGAUAGCAACUUUGAAGGGCAAUCUCUUCUUCCUGAAGAUCCUGCUAAAAGGGAAUUCGCUGAAGAGUUACUUGCCUAUUCUGAUACAUUCAACAAAAUUGUGUUUACUUCAUUUAAGGGCGAUCCAACCAAAGAAGCUGGUCCUGCUUUUGAUUACUUGGAAAAUGCUCUUCACAAAUUUGAUGAUGGGCCAUUCUUGCUUGGCCAAUUCAGUUUGGUAGAUAUAGCCUAUAUUCCCUUUGUUGAAAGAUUCCACGUCUUCUUAUUAGAGGUAUUCAAAUAUGAUAUCAUCGCAGGCAGGCCUAAACUUGAAGCUUGGAUUGAGGAGAUAAACAAGAUUGAGGCUUACAAGCAGACGAAAAUAGAUCCUAAAGAGAAUGUUGAAGCAUUCAAGAAGCGCUUUCUGGCUCGGUAAUGUGCUAGAUAGUGGUGGUUUUACUUAUAGACUGAAUAAGGGACUUGAUGUCUCCUACAUAAUUUAUCUUGCUUGAAUAAAACAUUUCGUGUAUUAGUUUUGUAAGGAUCAAACUCGUGUUAGUAAUGUAUUGAUGAACAGUGCCAGUAUGUGUCUCGACUCUUGAUUGAAUGAAUAAAAAUCAAACUAAUUUAGUGA